AUGUCUGAAAAAAAGUACGAUGACAUGACGCCUGAAGAGCGUGAGGAACACGACAGAAUCGCUAGGAAGAAAGAGGAAGCCGAACAAGCUACGUUGCCUUACAAGUGGAGGCAAACAUUGCAAGACGUUGAUGUUUCAGUUCCUGUGCCAAAGGGAACACGUAGUCGAGAUUUAAUAGUAACAAUUAAAAAAAAGAACAUGGUGGUAGGUUUGAAAGGUCAACCGCCCAUUAUUGAGGGGGAAUUAUGUAAAGAGAUUAAAGUGGAAGAAUGCACUUGGACUCUUGAGGAUCAAAAGGAAGUUUUUAUUCACCUGGAAAAGGUGAAUAAAGCGGAUUGGUGGGAAAAUGUCAUCACCACUCAUCCACCUAUCGACACGACAAAGAUUCAACCGGAAAAUUCGAAGCUAAGCGAUCUGGACGGUGAGACUCGAGCGAUGGUUGAAAAGAUGAUGUUUGAUCAACACCAGAAACAAGCAGGUAAAAAGACGUCAGAUGAACUCCAGAAGGAAGAAAUGCUUAAAAAAUUUGCAGCUGCGCAUCCCGAACUCGAUUUAUCAAACGCGAAAAUUUCUUAA